UUUCGUUUCGAGUUUACCAUCUAUGGUGUUCUUACAAAUUAACCUACAAAAUUUGCAUUGUCCAAAUUUGUAAACAUAUUGAAAAAAACGAUAUUUAGAAAUUUACAAGAAUGGCAUCAGGAAAGGCAACCGUUCAAGCUGACUCAGACGUUCACAUAACCUAUGAAGAUCAACAGAAAAUUAACAAAUUUGCCAGACUUAAUGCUAAAUUAGAAGUUUUAAAAGAUGAAAUUAAACAAAAACAGAACGAUUUGAAGAGUUUGGAAGAUGCUGUUGAAGAAAUAGCACUAUUAGAUGAUGACGAAAAAAUAGCAUAUUUAAUAGGAGAAGUCUUUAUAUAUCAAAACACCGAAAAGACACAGAACUGCUUGGAUGAUGCCAAAAAAGAUAUAGAAAAGGAAAUUAAAGACUUAACCAGUGAAUCUGUUGGGGUUACGGAAUUGAUGAGUGAUUUAAAGACCCAUUUGUAUGGAAAGUUUGGUAGCAGCAUUAAUUUAGAAGCAGACGAAGAAUAAUAAAAUGUAGAGUUGUAGCGCUUCGUUAAACUAAUUUGUUAACAAUUUUUUUGUAACAGCAUUUAAUUGCUUCAUAUUUAAAUUAAAUAUUCUACUGAUUUUAUUUAAACUGUCAGCAUUUGUUCUGUUUUUCUAAUGCAUUUAAUAAACAAUUCUUGAAGAUGA